CUCCAGGUAAAUGUCAUAUAUCAUUGCAUAAGCAAACGGGAAGGACUCGCUUAUCAAAUACCUUCCUACCGGGUACAGAAGGCGCAUUCAAAACAAACAUUUUGCGAUAUGUAGACCGCGGACAGCUGGCAAAUAAGUGGGCCACAACUGCGGGCUAACUGUUGGCGUGAGCGCUUGCAGCUGUGAGGGGGAUCGGAGCCGGCGGUCGAAAGCUGUGUGACGGCUGUGAGCGGAUCCGUUGCCAGCUGGUUGUGAUCUGCCUAUGGCAAAAUGUUUUGAAUGCGCCUUCUGUAGGUAUUUCGACGUCGAUUUAUGUCUUGGGAAUUGACUCACUUUAUUGGAUAUAAUAGUUAUAUGCAUAUAAGCUACUCGUGUACCUAGGUAGGUAGUAUUAGAAAUAAUAUGCCAUAUCAAUUAUAGACUGUGCCUCCCCCGCUCUAGCAUUCCGAUUGUACCUGUUUUCUUUAAGGAUCAUACUUUAUUGCAAUGGCACCUGAUAAAGUAGAUGUCGUUUUACUUUCUGAUGAAGAGAUACCCACUUGCUUCGAGAUCCUGUCCAAGAGUUUCAGCAAUGGCGCCCCGUUCGUAGAUAUAUAUUUCCCGCACCACGACACGCCGUCGGGGCAAGCGCAGGGUUCCAAGCGUUUGCUAGAAUGGAAGAAAUCUUCUAGCGACUCUACGUUUCUGAAGGCAGUCGCUCGAGGAAAUCACGGGGAACAGGAACACAUUAUCGGUUUAGCCGUCUGGACGUAUAUGAAAGAGGCCCCGCAUGCCGAACUUGACAAGGACGAGAAUGUCGUGGAAGUAUGGCCUGACGAGGAUGACCGCGAAUAUAUGACUCGCCUAUGGAGAGAUUAUGUAAUACCACGAACUCAAGCCAUUGCUGCUUCUGAUGGGAAGGGAGUUUAUGUUCUCGAAUUACUGGCUGUCCAUCCGGAUUACCAACGCCUGGGUGCCGGUACUGCUCUUGUCAAAUGGGGAACUAAAGCUGCGGAUGAACAGGGAAUCAAGGCUGUUGUUGAGGGCACUCCGGUAGCACGAAGACUCUAUGAGCAAAGUGGCUUUCAUGCCAAGAUUGGGGAAAUGCGGUUUGACACAGGAGAGGAAUUUGCGGGAAGAAGGAAGCCUAACCUUAUAUUUAUGGUGAGAGAGGCUGAGUCUUGAAUGCCUAUCUAUAGAUCAUAAAAUGUGAAUCUGAAGGUAUCAUUUUGAGAAUAAAUAUCAUUGAAUAAUGUAUUAACCACUUCAUGGUUGACUGAACGUUAAAGAAUCACCCUGAAAAAUAGGGUGGAGGUGGGGGGUUCGGAAAUUUCCGGUUCAAUAUGUCACUAACAGGAUAAUCUUUUCUUUUAAUCAUAUAAACGGGUAUAUUUCA